AAUCGGUUCCGAUUAACCGAUAAACCGGUUCGGUAAUACCAAUGAUACAUUUAUUCCCUGAGCCAUUUCUCCGCUUACAAUAGUGGCGUCGUCUUUUAGCUCAAAAAUUCGACGGAAGGAAGCUGAAAAUAACAAAUGGCGUUAGGGCUGAUAUUGGGGAUUGGGAGGACGUUCAGGAAGAAGCGAGCGUCGUCGCUAGAUAUUCUGACGUCGAAGAGGAGUCAUAAAGGCUAUUACAAGGGCAAAAAUUGCAAGCCCACCGGUUUCCACACUCGAAAAGGUGGUUAUGUUGUGGUUCCUGAAAAGAUACCAAACUACGUGGUGCCAGAUUUGACGGGAUUCAAGCUAAAGCCGUACGUAUCACAGUGUGGAAUACAGGCUUUCGAGUCAUCUAAAUGAACGUGCUCGGCUUAGUCUCCUUGCGAUGCUGCUGCUCAGUCUGAUAUGUUUAAACUAAUAACUGAAAAAAAAAUAUUUCAUUUUCCCUCCGAAAGUACACCUUUAUGAUUUAAACUGAAAUGGACUAAAUGGUGAUAUUUUCACUUUCAGAUAUUACUUUUCAUGGAUUAUAGACUAGUGAAAGUUUGAGUUUGGUAUAGUUUAGAUUUAUUGUGGCCCAUUUUGUUUUAAUUGCAAAGGAUUUUGUUUAGGAAUACAA